GUGGUGGUUGGUUUCCGGUGGGUGCGGGUGACGGUGUCCGGGUUGGAGAGCGAAGGGAGCUCGGCGGCGCGCAGGGAGCAGCGGCAGGCGCUGCUGGCGCAGGCAAAGUGGGAAGACAGAGGACUUCAGGUAGUAUAUUGUGUGGGUGUCUCCCUUGCACAGUUGUGGAACCAUUUCUAGGCAACAGAAGUUCCCUUUAGUGACUUCACAAACCUGGGGUGAUCCUGCUGCACUGUGUGCUUCCCCGUUUGACAAGCAGCUGAAAGACAAUUCCUUUAACUUAGUUUAGAUGCUGCUCAUCAGCCUUAUUGAAGAAGAUUAGAAAAAUUGGUUUGGAGGUUUUAGAAAGAAACUAAAUCUGCUAUGUUUUCUUAUCGAUAAGAUGUGCUGUAUUACAAGUAAGAAGUAAAGUUGAAGUAAGGAGACGACAUGUUGAAGGCCAAAAUUAGUUAUCAAAAGGAGCAGAGGCACAAGCUGCUAAAGCAUCUACGAGGUGAAGAUACGUGGUUGCUUGAUGAUGUGAAUGAACGCGUGGAACAAGUGGAAAAGGGACAUUCUGUGCAGAAAAAGAAAAAGGAUAAGCAUUCAAAAAAAGCUAAGAAAGAAAAGAAGAAAAAUAAGAAACAAAAAUCUGAAAAGAAGGAUGACUUACUUGAUAGUUCUUCGGAUUCCUCUGUUGAAUGGGUUGAGUCAAAUGUGUCACAGUCGGAUAACACAGAAGAAGCUUGGAAGGUCAACAAGCAAUCAGAUGCUGUGAAAGAACCCUCCCUGCAGAGAGAAGAAUGGAUGAAUUUAGACUUCAUGUCAUUGAAAACCAUGUCAGCAGCAGCUGUCAAAGGUGAAAGACACAAAGAAAAAAUAUUGGAACGACAGAAAGCUCAAGAACUUGAGCAGGCCAUGCUGUCUGCAAGAGAGCUCAAUCCCUAUUGGAAAGAUGGUGGUACAGGUUUGCCACCAGACAAGGAUGAAGGAGCUUCAGUUAAGAAAGUUACAGCGGUAGAAGAUGCUGGAUUAAGUUGGUUACAAAAAUCAUACCGAAGGAUGAAGGAGCAGGCUGAGAGAGAGAAACGAAAUUUUGAGGAAAUUGUAGUUGAGAGAUAUGGGUCAAUGGAGGUAUUUCAGUCACGAUUAGAAGAAGCUGAAAAAGUUGCAUCCAGAAAGGAAAACUACUAUACAAGUGGCAGAUGGAAGAAAACUGACUAUUCAGAAAGUGAGAAAGAGAGGAAAGAACAGCAUAUGAAAAAGCAGACACGAGGUGAAGAUGAUAGAAACAGGAACAUGUUUGGGGACUAUACUAGGGAGAAGUAUGGCAGGGGAUGGGCACGAGAAGACAGAGGUUACAAAAGGGAUGUGUCAAGAGAGGACCAAGAACGUGGACACAGUAGCACGGACUCGGUAUUGAGAGGGUACAGCUCCAAAGCAGAAAAACACUCCGAUGAAAAACGAAGUCAGGAGAAGAGUUCAUCUCUAAGCAACAUGAAACACAAAUUUCUGAAACCCUCUGAAGAUGAUUUAUCAUCUUAUAGUACGCCUGGAGACUACAAGUCACAGCAGUCCUCUUCCAAACUGCCAGUUCAUAGCUCUUUGAGCAGCCGUUUCCAAAAACCUAGUGAGGAUACUGCACUGUGGAACAAAACACACACAGAAGAUAACAGGGAGAAAUUAAUGUCUGAUCAGAAGUCAUCAGGUGCUAGGAAACAAAUGGAUGACAGUAGUUGGGGAAGAACUCCAAUUGAUGAAAAAAUGAAGUCGCGACAGGAGUACCCAAAUGAUAUCCCUGAGAAGAAACAAACCUUAUCUGACAGUAAAGCAUCGUGUUCUAGGUAUAUAUCAGAUGAGCCGCCUCGGGUCCUUAGUGAAGAGGAGAUGAACAGACUGGGAGCAAGGAUUGUGAAAGCAGAAAUCAUGGGAGACAUGGAGUUGGCUUCAGAACUUCAAGCUGAACUUGACAAUGCUCGCAAAUUGAGAGAGACUCAAAGACAGAUUACAGCGAAGUCUGGCAGAGAGACUUCAAGCCAUCAAGAAGAUGAAGAAGUGGUCCUUGUCAGAACAGAUCGAAGUGGAAGGGCAUGGCCUGUGACUGCACCAGCUGAACCACAGGGGCCAAAAGGAGGACGAAGGAAGAGACCAAUGGUCCCUACUCAUAUAGAUAAAGAAAGAGUAAGGUAUUUUCAGGAUGAUGAUAGUAUGAACCUCAAGGAUUUGGUCAAAAAUGAGAAGAUGAGAACAGCAGAGGAUCAAAACUCACUGUUCAUGCGUAUGGCAUCAAAGCUCAUGGAAAAAACUGACAGAGACUACUACACUCUGGAUGACAUGUUUGUUUCCAAAGCAGCCAAAAGAGCGCACAGUGGGGGAGAGGAAGAAAUACAAAGAAGAAAAGCAAGACAUGAGCACCAGCAGCUUGCUGCACGAAUGGAAAAGUGCCCAUACUGCUUUGAUAGCAGUGAACUUUCUAAACAUCUUAUUAUUGCAAUUGGCACCAAGGUAUACUUGUCUCUACCAAGCAACCAGUCCCUUACUGAAGGUCACUGCCUGAUUGCCCCUCUCCAGCACCAUACUGCAGCCACUCUGUUGGAUGAAGACAUCUGGGAAGAAAUUCAGAUGUUCCGAAAUGCAUUGGUGAAAAUGUUUGAAGCUAAAGAUUUGGACUGUGUGUUCCUAGAAACAAACAUGAGUAUGAAGAAACGAUAUCACAUGGUAUAUGAAUGCAUUCCUCUUCCGAAAGAAGUAGGACAUAUGGCUCCAAUCUACUUUAAGAAAGCUAUAAUGGAGUCCGAUGAAGAGUGGUCCAUGAAUAAGAAAUUAAUUGAUCUUUCUUCAAAAGAUAUUCGGAAAUCUGUUCCUAAAGGAUUGCCAUACUUUUCUGUGGACUUUGGCCUUCAAGGAGGAUUUGCUCAUGUCAUUGAAGAUCAGCACGAGUUCCCUCAUUACUUUGGAAAGGAAAUUAUUGGUGGCAUGCUGGACUUGGAACCACGGCUUUGGAGAAAAGGAAUCAGACAGAACUUUGAGGAUCAGAGGAAGAAAGUGUUGCAGUUUGCACAGUGGUGGAAACCAUAUGACUUUACCAAAAAGAAAGAAUGAAUACAGCCCUGCAGUCAAAGACUAUAUAAGCCGUAAAUUAUAUUAAAUGAUAUUUCAUAUGUUAAGAAUAACACAUAACACCAGUGUGUUUUGUAUUAUGAAUAUACUUUAAAACCAAGGAUAUUGUUUAAUUGCUGAUUACCCGUUUCUGGUUUGGACACUGUAGAUCACAUGAACUUGCAAGUCUGACAAACCAGAAUUGUACAGUGCUUUUAGUUUUCCAUUUUUUAUCUGAUCCAAAAGAAUAAUAUCCGUGUGGCUAUUGGAGUUCUUCAAGCUGUAGCUUCUGUUUAUGGAGUUUUUAUAAUCUUUGAGGCAACUGAUUUUUUUAUAUUGUAUUUAGCAUACAGCUAGUGCUUAAUUACCAUUUUUUGUAGAAAAUGGUAUACAUUUUAAGAACAUUUUGAUUAAUCCAAAGACACUUGCAGAAGGAAGCUGUAUGGAAAGUCGUUUUAUGAUUUUGAGUCCUUGUGUUCUUUAACUUGAGGUCACUGAAGUAAUAUAAACAUUCACGUAGGACGUGAUUGAUAAACCUGCUGCUGCCCCCCCCACCCCCACCCCGCACAAGAAUUAAUGCAGUCUUUUGCACUUUAUUUCAACGUGAAGUAGUAUUUUUCAAGCUGACCUGUUGCAGAAGGGAUGAUGAGACAGUCCAUAGCUGGUGGCAAAUGACAGCUUUAAUGGUAACAGUUACUUCUGAUGACAAUAAAAACCAAAAAUCAAAAGAGAGGAGGAUGGAAGAGUCUUAAGGAAAAACACUCUCCAAUGGCCAGCAAAGAAGAAAAUCACCACAGGGAUCUCCCCAGGUGACUCUUCUGUCCUGGGAAUCCCACCCACCAUAAUAUUUUUACAAUAAUAACUAUGUAAUUUUCAUCAGGAUCUGCUCAAACUCCCUGCUGGUUGUUCCUGCUUGUGAUGCUGUUAGUGCUGAUUGGAACACGCUCUGAUCAGAGGCAAGAGCUGCACAUUCAUUGAUUAUUAAGCUUUUUGUAUGGAUGUCACUGGGAAAUACCUGUCUGCUCUUUAAAGGACUACUAUCUAUCUACUGUGUUAUUCACUAGGUUUUGUUUUUUCUUUUGUCUAAAAAGGUACAAAGUGGGGGUGGGAAGGCGUGAGGGGAAAAAAAAGGAUGACUUUCACAUUAGUGUCAAUCACUUUCCAUGAGAAACCUGACAUAGCAGGUGCAGAGCUAGAACAGGACAAGGACAGGACACGGAUGAAAACAUUGCCACACCAUCCUCCCAGUGCGUAAGGGAAAGGGUGCAGACUUACAGACAAAGGGCUGCAGUGCUACAGGGAGAGGCUCCAACAGGCAAGUGGAAGGUCCUGAGCACAGGAGAGGUUAAGGCACUGUGUAAGUGUCUCAACGCGCUUCCUGUUCCUCUGUACCAUUGCCCUGUACAGCUCUGUUAACCAUUGUGAACUGAUUAAGAAAUUAAUCACUAAAUAUUACACAGUUGAAUAAGUGUUCAUUUCUAGUCCCUUGGUGGUCUUUUGCAACUUUCCUGAAGAGCUAGUACUGUUUUGUUGUUUUUUUUUUUUUUUUUUUUUUCCUCCAUUUUGGCAAAUAAGGCUGGUAGAAGUAGAAAUCUACUGUGCUGGAAAUGAUUUUCUGUAGGAUCUUUGUAGAUUUGUGUCACUGCCAGAGAGAUAACUUAAAAAUAAGAUGUCAUGAUAAUUCUAGUGAUUUAAUGUCUGAUCUGUACUAUUUUUCACCAGCAAGCCGUGGAUAAAAGGGCCAGUUCUGCUGUUCUCCAGUAAUUUUUGAUCUUCUGUAGACUACUAGGGAGAUUACAGAGAAAAUAGGACUUGAAAUAGUAGCUGCUAGUAGUUGCUUAGAUUGUGGUAACACUGAAGCAAGUUUAGGUAAAGUGCGGUGUUUGCUGGUAUAAAGCAUGACUUAAUAAUUGUUUUCUCUGAAAGUGUAUGUUGGCUCCAGUCCCCUCUGCCCCCCUGGAAGAUAGCCAGGAAGCAGCAGAAGUGUCUGUCUUUUAAAGCUGUGAAAAAAGUCUUUAUUCAGUGCUGUGCUGGAGAUGCAAUUUUUCUGAAUUAUAUCACUUCCUUCAAAAUUCGUGUUCCUCAAGGGAAGUGCUGUGUUUCACAAAGGAUAUCUAACUUGUAUAUAGAAAAAUGUUUUUUUCCAACUCAUGGUCUGUGCAUAUUUUAUUAUUCUGAUUUCAGCAAAACUACUGAUAUUCUUUGAACCAGAAAGGACUCAAAUAUGGAGUAAGGGUAGCAAUCUCAAGCUAGUGGUCCAGGAAAAUGUGUCUUACCUUACUAUAAGUUUUCAGAAUGGAAAACUGUGGUUACCACAUACACUUAGAAUAGUAUCCUGUUGUAAUUGGUCACAGGCCAGAUGUGUAUCUUCAGGUUAAGCUGUUCCUCUUCAUAAAUAUCUGUAAGGCCAUGAAGGUGAACACCAGCUUGUUAGGACAUUUGUGUGGAAGGCAUGGUGUGCUUAGACCAGUCCUCACACUUACAAAAACUAAAAUAUUUUAAAUAAACCUCCUUCAUCCACAAGAAUACCCAAUACCCAAAUUCUUUGGUACUAAGGGGUGGAAAAUGUAAAUUCAGGUGUCUUUAGGGAGAACAAGGGUUGAAAGCUCGAUUUCAUACAUUGCUGUAGAUGUGCUCCUCUGUACUCUUGUGUAACCAGGGAGGAAAAAGGACUUCUCAAGUGAAUCUAUGUGUGUCAUUUAACAGGUGUUAGAACAUAUUCAUGUCCUCCCCUGUGUAGCAGAAAGAUUCUUACAUGUAAUAUGUGCUGCUACUCUUCUGCUCAGUGCCUGGCAUAAAAUACAAUGUUUCCCUGCUAUCAAGUCAGCUUUUUCCAACUUGUAGUACUUCCCUCCUUCGUAUUUCCUUGCUAUGCUGAAACUGUUGUGCCUCUCACCUGCAUUCUAGGUCUUCCAGCGGUUUCAGGGAAGGUGUGCUGCACCAGCACAGCACCGUUACUGCUGCUCCAUCAACCCCUGGGUACGGUUUGAGCCAGAACUCAGACUCCAGAACUUUUCAUUCAAUUAUGUUUGCCACUAAGUUCUCUAGAGAGAACCAGAAUGGAUGCUGUAGUGAAGCAGAUCAUCUGCCCCAGGCCUUGAUACCUUGAAGAUUCCCAGCCUGGGUCUGUCUUGGGGAAAGUGAACUAAACAGGCUCCUGUGAGACAUUCACUUUCCUCUUCACUUUUUCUCAAGCUGUAUUAUUCAACCUCCUAUUCCCCAGGCCCAUGCAGUUGCUGUAGAAAGCUGUCUGAAGCAUGAGGCAAUUGUCUUCAUAUUAAGGACCCACGGUUUGAAGUUAUUAUUUUUGCUCAAAUUGGAGGAAAGCACUGUGAAUUUGUAUCACACCAUUAGCUACAAAAUGAAGUGCAAAAGCUGCCACAGUAUCGUUAUUCUUAUGCAUAACCAGUGAUUGGUUGAUGUCAGGGAGAUUGCCUGAAGUCAUCUGUUGAUGUAAACUGAGGUAAUGUAAAAUGUGGUUGAUGUAAAUGGAGGUAAACUCAGCUAAAAUGAAAAACAAGGCUUUCUGCCAGUUAUUGGUGUUCUUCCAGAUAGGUAGUUCUCAUUUAUGUCUAUAUUCCACUUGCUUUUUUUGCCUUCUCCUUUUGUGUUUUCCUUUGGAGUAAGACUGUGAGAUGCUGCAUUUAGUGCAGUUUGGCUGUAACAGUGCUGAAUUGUUGCUUUGUUUUUGUUAAAAUACCGGGAAGAGAACAGCAUAGAUUUUCGUUGCUUUGCUAAAAGUCAAUAUAGCAACAUUCAAUCUUAGGGGUAUUUGGGUUUAUUUUUUUCAGUUUGUUCAUGAAUCCAAUCAAUGAGUUACUCCUAGAGUCAUAAUCAGAUGUGUUUUAGUGGGAUUUUACAUAUUGAAUUCAACCAACUUGUUUUAAAUUUCAUAAAAAUUCUGAUUGGAAAAUAACAUGUUAAAAUAAAUAGUAACUCUUAUGUCAGGAGAUCACAAAUCUCUUGCAGUCUGUGAAAGAAGAAACGUUUUGAUGGGUCCCUUAAGGGUUCUGUAUUUGAUCAAAAUUUUUUCAGCAUUUCCUGUCUUCUGCAUCUGUAUUUUUAUCAUUAAAGCAUGUUUUCUCUUUCUAAUUCCAGCUGGGCUACUGAAUGAAAAGAUGUGGAGGCACAGGCUGCUAUAAUCUUACUUUAAGCAUAGCUGUUUCAGAAACAAUUUCCAUAAUGUUCUAGCUAGAAGUGCCAUUUUUAGCCCUCACAAAUCAAGACAAUCUAAUCCAGUAUGAAGGAACAAACUUCAGAAAUCCAAGCUUGUUGAGAUCAUAAGUCUUGUGUGCAUAUUGAUGUAGCUGUGUGGUGAUAUUACUUUUCUAGAUGUUGCAUUUAUGUUGUUAAAAGUGAGAAAGAAAGGUAACAAGUUUCUUUCAAGAAGGUCAUGCUGCUGCACCCUUUACAGGGAAGUUGGUGUAAAUUUUAGCCCCCAAGUUAAGAACCACUGGAAGCUGGUUCUAAAAGAACAUUUAAGCUUUUCUUGGGUCCCAGAUUUCAAAACUAGUAAUACAGCCCCAGGACUGUCCCAGGAAAAGAGACUGUCUUUGGAAAAGAGUUAUCUACCAUUGUACAAGUUGAUGAAGCUGCAGUUUUAAACGCAGUAUCCUGCUCGGUGAUCAGUCUUGCACAACUGCCCUGCUAUCUCUGUUUAUUCUGAGGCUUAUGGUAAGUGUCUGUGAAGUACUAGAACUAUAUUUUAAAUGACUAUAAGUACAAGACAUCUUUAACUACAAGCAUCUUUACCCUCCCUGGUGUUCUGCCUCCUAGGUGUGACCUAAGCGCUGUACAUGGAGAGCCUGGAGCGACAUCACACAACACAAAAGGAGUGUGUUGAUUACUUUAGAGAAAGCACAGUCUGAGCUCUUGAUGUGUGGGUAGAUGUAAAAAGUUAAUUUGCCAGUGCCCAAGCUUCAUGUGCCAUUGUAUGUGUGGUCUGAGGGCAGUUGGUGGCCUGAAAUGGCUCUGAUGAACCUGCUUUAAGUUCUGUCUUAGAGUUGAAAGUCCAUCAAUUGAUUCUUCUAAAAUUUUUAGCUUUUGCAAAGGAAGUACCCUAGAGCACACAUGCAGUAAAAAUGAAUUUAGCAAACAACACAAGCAUAAAUAACUUUUUAUAGUAAAGUUGAAGGCAUUCUUCACAGACCAGCGUCUUGGAGGACAAUAUUUUUAUUCAAGAUUUUUUUGUCAUUUAUGCACAACUACUGGUCACCCAUUGAUCUGGAAUGAUAGGUAGGUAGAGUUUGAUCUUGAGACAGGAGAAGAAGACUUUUCAAAGUCUCCCCCAGCUCUUUCUGCUGUGAUUUUAAGUCCUUAAUUCUGAUACUUUAUGUGAAAAUUGCUUGGAGUAGCAUUUGUAAGACAAGAUACGAACAGCUAACGGAUCUGACAUGUAUUUAAUGUGACAUAAAUGCACAUUGUCACUGUACAGCUUCCCCAUUGCUGUUGUCACAGGUUUACAAGGCUUCAUUUGAGGAUGCCAGCUGAUCUUUCAUUGCUCUAGAUGCUUUUUAUAGCCAACUCCAGGUGUAUGCCUUGUAGUUUCUUUCAUUCUCUGGAGGUUCCUUUUGCAUGUUUGAAGACUGCAUUAAGUUGUCUUUACAAAUUGUAGUCUUCAGGUUAAACAGAAGAUUAAACUGUGCUCAGGUUAAACUGUGUAUAUUCUUUCAAUGUCAUCCUGGAGGUUGUUUUUUCUAUUCUUUUGUGCUCUGGCACAAGUCUCAGGAAUGGAUAGGAUAUCUCAGUGAGGUGUUACCAGUGUGGCUGAUGUGAAAGGGUUGCUGCCAUUCUUGAUGGAAUAUCCUCCUACUCAUUCCCUCUCAUCAACGCAGAUCAGAGGAGUAUGAUAUGGCAAAGCCCAUGACUUCCUGCAAUCUUCAGAUCCUCUCUGGCUCUCAAGUCAACAGUUUGCUAUUAUAACGGAAUAUUUUUUGCCCAAGCCUAGGUUCUUGCUCUUGUCUUUUUUGACUUUGUUUUCUUUCCAUAGACUGUUUUUUUACAUUUUUCUGAGAUACUUCUGAAUUUUACUUCUGCUUUUAAACAUUUUUUUUGUUGUUUUACAGCCCCUUGAGUCAUCUACAAAAUUAAGCAUCAAUACUGUAUUGCGGUGACUACAGAAUGAUGCCACAUCCUUGUGUGCCCUGCAAUAUUUGUGUACACUGGCUAAACUGUUUCCAUGCUAUCACUUUUGCUGUUGCUGAUGGACUUACUGCAACUUCUUAUACUAUUAUUCUUGCUGUGGGUGUGAGUGCUGUAGACAUCACAAAUAGAAAAAGAAAUAGGAAGGGUGGCUUUAGAAGAGUCCGAAACCAGUAUCAUCUGGGAAAGGUGAGGUGGAAAUGAACUCUAGGCUUGUAUUCUGUGUUUCAUUGGGGAAAAAAUGGGCUGAAAAUCAGACAUUCUUGUAAUACCAUUCCCAUUCAGGCCAUAUACCUGGCUGUGUCAUCUCCCAACCUCUUGUGCACCCCCAGUCUAUUUACUGGAGAGGCAGAGGAAGAAACAGAGAAGGCCUUGACGCUGUGAAAACACUGCUCAGCAAUAGCUGAAACACUAGUGGUUUAUCAGCAUGGGUUUUGUCACAUCUAAAACACAGAACUAUAAGAGCUGCUGUGAAAAAACCUAACUCCAUACUAGCCAAAACCAACACAGAUACAGGAUACAGAAGACUUAAUGUCAGGUUCUACUCAGACUGGUACCAUGUUUGACUCUCUGGUAAUUGUAUAGGAUUAGAAGAUAAGGUGGUAAAUCUCUAAUCACUGAGCUGUUUUUCUCUCUUUAAAGACUGUCUCUACAUUUCAGCAGGUUUAGGAUGUGCUAGAUUCUCUCUCUCAGACUUAAGCGAGUGCCCCUUUGCUGCAAAGCAACAUUUUUUUCCAUUUCCAGCUAUUGCUGUUCGUGGAUAUUAUUGAAAUGGGAAGAAAUCUUUUUUACACACUGCAGGUGGGAUUCAGCACAAUGUUAAAACACUUCUAUGUAUCCCACUGUGAGAUGCGUGUCUAAGUUCACAUGAUAUUCAGUGUUGGCCUAGUCAAUAAAGUUAAUGGAGCCUUAGAGGGUGAUUCCUCUUACACUGCUGUAGGUGACCUGAUGGGUUAAUUGAAUCAUUCACUAGGCUCUAGUGACUGUGUUGGUUAGGGACCAAUACCCACUAUUAUUUUAUAAUGUAAAAGCAGUUUAAGUUUGGCAAAAGUCCCUGACUCUCUUAGCCAAGAGAAGUGCUUAAUGGAAGUUUAGCCAUCAGUGUGGCUAUCCCUGUAUAGUAUUUGCCUUUGUUCCGCGUGGAUGCAAGGAAUCUUUCCAAUGUUGCGAGAUGCCUCUAUGUCAAAUAGUGAUUUUACAGUCAGAAAUCGGAGGUUUCUUUUGCCUGUUUUUUCAUCUUGUAGUCGGAAGUGAUCAGAGCACUAAACCUCAGUCUGUCAGCAAAGAAAUCAAUGCAUUUUGGCUAAAUGUCUCAGCUUUAUUAAAACAACUUACUGAAUUAAA